CGCUUUGAUCUGGCGUCUUUGCGCCUUCAGGCUUCAGCAAUUAUUUGUAAACUUUGUAGGCUAAAGUUGCAGUAUGACUCUGUAAUGUUGUUUCAUUUUUGACUUGAGUGCUCAUGUCUUCUUUGAUCCACACAUAAAUGCAAGUGGUGGUUUAGCGUGUCCCCGUGGUCAUGCCUGAUGCAGUGAUGGCACGUCUGCAGCCCUACACUACAGUCAUGUAAUUGUGGUCAUCAUGGCCAUUGCCGGCCGUGUGCAUUGUACUAGUCUAGAAUAGUAACACACUUUCCAUUCAUACUGCCGGUCAGGCCAGGGAGAACAGACAAUGUCGCUAUCAGAGAGUACUCCCCUUCUAAACUCAGCGAGAUCUACGGUACAUAAUUUCACCAGUCAAGAUGAAGGCGAGCAGCAUGCUGCUGGAAGUGGAAAAACGACAAAGUCGUUCCUGCACCGGUGGAACUGGCAUCCGUCUAAUUGGGUGAUUCUGAUUUCUGCGCUGUCAAUAUCUGAGGGCUUGCUGACGAAUCUAGGGUUUUUUCUGGAGUAUCAUGGCCUAUUGGAGUGGUCUCCUGCGCAGAUCAACAUGGCUGAAUUAUUCGUCGCAAAUAUUCCACAGGUCCUGUCAGUUGUGACUGGUGCGCUAACGGACACCAAGUGCAGUCGGUACGCUAUGCUACACAUGGGCCUGGCCCUGCAGCUGCUGGGUGCUGCGUCAAUGCUGUGUUCGGCCGGUGUGACCUACUUCCAGGAGAGCGGCAGCACCAUCGCUAGCCAAACUGGCAUGCCGAACGCGAAGAGGAGAACCAUGCUGCAAGUACUGGUGCUGCUCGGUUUGGUACUCGUCGGCCUGGGAAUGGCUGCCAUACGUGGAUCUAUUGUUGUACUCGGCAUGGAUCAGUUUUGGCGGCGUGGUGAAACUGUGCAGAAAGCUAAAGAGUUCUUCCCAUUGUACUACUGGUGGAUAAACAUGUCGGCGUUGAUCAAUAUGAGCUUAGUGUCCUUCUUUCAGGUCAACUGUGGAUUCUUCGUUGGAUUCAUGCCAGUGUUUGUGUCGUAUGGACUAUCCAUUGUUCUGCUACACUGCUGCAAGCGUACUCUCUUUUCUACGCAGCAUCUGACAGAUGAGGGUGGCAUUGUGCAGGUGUUCAGUGUUUAUCUCGAUGCCUUUCGGGUGUGGCGGAAGCAGCGGCGACGGCUGCAUCCCGAGCCCAGAGCGAGGCGCAUGAGCACUACGGAAGAAACACUGGCCAAGUGCAAGAAGUGGACUGGUUUUCUCUCAUAUGCUGAUACUGAGCACGGAGGUACGCACUCCAGCAAUGAUGUGGUGGAUGCGCGCAACUUCUACAAUUUGCUGCUGGUACUGAUUCCCAUGCUCUUCUACAGUGUGAUUAUGUCACAGGUACAAUGCACUGCAUGCACCGUGCAUGGGACUACUCAUACUAUCAUGUCACAGACGAUCACUACUUUCACUGCCCAGGGAACUCUGAUGAAGCCAGUGAUACCAAGAGAUGAAGACACCCCGCUGGGCCCGUCACUGCAGAAGCCGUUCGUUCCGUCCGGUACAAUAGCCGCCGUCAGCUGCCUGUCCAUUGUGGUGUGCAUACCGGUGUUUCACGGCGUGGUGUACCCGCGUCUGGAGCGCUUAGCACGCUGGCGCAUUACCCUCUUCAGGCGGAUGGGAAUCGGCAUGAUCGUGGCGGCGCUCAGCGUGCUGUGCGCUGCCGUUGUCGAAAUGCAGCGUCGCAAGCCUGACCGCUGGAACCAAACGACAAUUAUCGACCCGGUGCUUUUCAACCACAACCAUACUGCUUCCAACUUGCCUAUCUUCUGGCAGCUACCCCAGUAUAUCUUAUCAGGGGUUGCAGAGACACUUGUCUACAUAUCCGCCCUGGAAUUCGCUUAUGCCAAGUCGCCGAAGACAAUGAAAGGCCUGUGCAUCGCCCUGGUGUACACAAUGUCUGGCAUCUCCGGUUUGCUGAGCGCCGGCCUGAUGGCUCUGCUAGUGUCCUACUCGGCGUCGACAUUCUACCAUGACUCAGGACCCGGCGGCGUCCACUACUUCUUCUUCUCGCUGGUUGGUGUUAUUCUCCUUGGCAAAGGACUGUUUACACUGACCACAUGGCGCUACAAAUUCCGAUUGAGAACCAGCCCCGGAGUUUGAUUUCGACAUUCUCUCGAUAUUCUUCUCUAUUUCUGGAGCAAUUUUUUAAACCUUGAUUUAGCUGCUAGCUGUCCGGAGAUUGAGUAAAGCUUGAGCUAUGUAUAAAAUCACACUCUAUGCAUGUUGGGCCAUUGCCUGUUGUUCUCAAUGGCCAUGCGUUUGAAUCUUUAAAAAAAAAUACCGUUAAGUACCGCGAGAGCGCCCUGUCUCACGGAAGCACACCAUGCCACCUUGUUUUUUCAGCCAAGAGAAGGGAAAUCGUGUGGCAGAGCACUACAAAUUUGUUUAGUAUGAGAACUUCAGUGUACAAGGUAACACUUCGCAUGUUUUGUGUGGAGCCCACACCCGCUCGAAGGAAAUUGAGUAUGGAUUGACUGCAUAACGUGCAACGUGUGUACUAGGUACAUGUAAGCGUCGUAUCACCUACGGACAGGGCGCCACCUCCACAACACGACCACGAAAGGACGCGAUGGUGGGGCGCUCUCGCGGUACUUUACGGUGAUAAUCAUCCGGGAGGCUUGGUUCCAAAGUUUGCGAAAGGCAUUGUAUACCCUUGAGAACAUUUCCAUGCGAGAAAUGUCCAUCGAAAACUCUAACUCUAGCGGCAGAUAUAGUAUUUCAAGAGAAGCUUCCAACCAUAUCCGACUUAAAACUUUAUCGUAAUCGACUGUUUUCUUUCUGUGGACCAGAGCACUCGAUACAGUUUUUUUUGUAUUUUUGUAUUGAUUUUUUUGAAUUCGGUAUCUCAACAGUACAAUGUACAACUUGGGAAGAUCCGAACAGUUUCACUCAUCUGCUAUUUUUUGUUGACAAUUGUUACCCAGAUGACGCCAGUUAUUUCAGAAUUUUUCAUAGCUUCUAUAGCUCAGGCUAUCCGGCUGGCCGACACAAACCAAGCGAAUCCUCACGAUGUUUCCAAUCCUCUUAGAAACCAUGAGUUCCCUUUUAAUCACGGCUCUUCAUUCUACAGUUGUGUCAAUUUACAAUUCAGAGAAAAUCAUACGAAUAUUUGCAAUGCCACGAAA